AACUUACGCUUGAGCUGUGCCGCUUAACUUGCCUUCCACGUCGACAAUCGUAUUUCCUAUAUAUUCGGCCAGAACUCACUAGUUCUACGUCUCCUAAUAUCAUCUUAGAUGGCUUCACCAGCGCAGCAGUUACCGCCUGGCUGGACGGCGGAAUGGGACGCGACACAUCAACGGUAUCUCUUCAUUGAGACGCACACUGGACAUACACAAUGGGAACCACCCGCGGCCGGCCCAGAGUUGUCACCUCAACCAUCUGUUUCCCCACCCCCAUCUCAUCAUGCAAAACGUCGCCAAUAUGCUGCAGGUCAAACCCAAGCGUAUUAUGGUGUGGGUGACUCCCUUGCUGCCGUUCCCCAGUACAGCGCUGCUGCUCCCCAGCCACAACCAACUCAACUCUUCACACCUGGUUUAGCCGCAGACGGCCAGUUCCAGCAGCAGCAGCAGCAACCUCCUCCAUACUAUGGCGGUCAUGCAGAGCCCGAGUAUAUCAAUGCACCUCAGCAGCCGGUGUACCCUGUUCAACCUCCGUCUCAGAUGGGUGUGCUAGCGGAUCAGUUUGGGCAGAUGACGAUGGGUCACAAGGGGUUGAGACUAUUCACUACCAAUUUACUUACUUCCCCUCCCGAACCCCUUGAGUUGCGUCAACCGCCGCCAGAGAUUUUCUUGCCGCCCAAUUCGUGUCUUUCUCAGUCGCCGUAUGCCAACGCGGAUGCUUCGUAUCAGCGUUGCACAUUAAACGCCAUUCCGACAACCAACUCACUAUUGAAUAAGUCGAAGAUUCCUCUCGGGCUGGUCCUCACUCCGUAUAGAUCGUUGAAGGAGGGUGAAGAAGAGGUUCCGGUAGUCACCGAUACAGUCAUCGCUCGUUGUAGACGAUGCAGGACGUACAUCAACCCAUACGUGCAGUUUAUUGAUGGCGGCAACCGCUGGCGGUGCUGUAUGUGUUCGCUCUCGAACGAAGUUCCGCAACUCUUCGACUGGGACCAAGUCAGAAAUCAGCCAGGAGAUAGAUGGGCCCGAGCAGAACUUAAUCAUGGAGUCGUUGAAUUCGUGGCCCCUACUGAAUACAUGGUCCGACCACCUCAGCCUGCUGUAUACAUCUUCCUCAUCGACGUUAGCCAUAGCGCUAUUCAGUCUGGUAUGGUGGCAACUGCAACUCGUACGAUCUUGGAAAACCUCGACCGAAUCCCGGAUGAGAAUGGGCGUACGAAGGUUUCAAUAAUCGCUUUUGACACCUCGUUGUAUUUCUUCACCCUUCCAUCUGGAGGUGCCGAAUCCUCGAUGCUUGUCGUUUCGGACAUCGAUGAUGUUUUCUUGCCAAAGCCAACCGAUUUACUGGUCAACCUUCAAGAAGCUCGUCCAGCGCUCGAAACCCUCCUAGGCCGCUUGAGUGAUAUGUUCCAGGACAACCAUACUGUUGGCAGCGCGCUUGGCCCCGCAUUGCAGGCCGGGUUCCAGAUGAUGGCACCUAUUGGCGGAAAAAUUAUGGUCUUGACGGCUAGCCUCCCUUCUAUUGGUGUUGGUGCACUGAAGAACCGGGAGGACCCGAAGGUGUUAGGCACACCCAAGGAAUCCGGCUUAUUGCAGGCAGCGUCCCCUUUCUACAAGACUUUCGCCAUCGAGUGCUCGCGUGCACAAGUGUCUGUCGACAUGUUCCUUUUCAGCCCAGGAUACCAGGACGUUGCCACGCUUGCUUGUUUACCUCACUACACCGCCGGCCAGACCUUUUUCUACCCCGCAUUCAAUGCUUCGCGCACGGAGGAUGCGAUCAAAUUUGCACACGAGUUCGGUAAGGUAUUGGCGAUGCCAAUCAUGCUAGAAGCUGUCAUGCGUGUUCGUGCCUCGAAAAAUCUUCGCAUGUCCUCAUUCCACGGAAACUUCUUCGUCAGGUCGACGGAUCUUCUCGCUAUGCCCGCUGUCCCUCAAGACCUGUCGUAUGCUAUCGAGGUCCAGAUCGAAGAUACCAUCACUGCACCUUUCGUGGUGUUCCAGACUGCUGUGUUACAUACAACUUGCUAUGGCGAGCGUCGCAUUCGUGUCGUUACCACCGCCCUGCCAACGACGAGUAACCUCUCCGAAGUAUUCGCGUCUGCAGACCAAGUCGCCAUCGCCACUCUACUUGCGAACAAGGCUGUGGAACGAUCCAUCACUCACAGACUUGAGGACUCGCGUGACGCGCUGUUCAACAAGAUGGUUGAGGUAUUGACGGCGUACAAAGCCAGCAUGACCGCCGCUGGUGCUGGUGCUAGUGCCCAGCUGGCCAUCUCAGAGAAUUUGAAGAUGUUGCCAGUCUUGGUGCUAGGUUUGUUGAAGAACGUUGGAAUUAGACAAAGCGCACAAAUACCUCCCGACCUUCGGGCCUAUGCGCAAGCUCUCCUGACGUCGCUCCCCUCGCAGAUCCUUAUUCCUUAUGUCUACCCUAACUUUUACUCUCUGCAUAAUAUGCCUCCAGAGUGUGGAACAGUCGGCGAGCAUGGUAUCAUCAUGCCUCCGCCUCUUCCAUUGACCUCAGAACGACUUGAGAGACAUGGUCUCUACGUUAUUGAGGAUGGCCAAACAAUUUUCUUGUGGAUCGGCCGUGAUGCUGUACCUCAGCUCGUCAUGGAUGUCUUCAACCUUCCCAGCUACGAGGUCCUCCGAGGCGGCAAGACCACGUUACCUGUGCUCGAUAACCCCUUCUCGCAACGUGUCACCGCCAUCAUCCAAAAGACUCGUGAGAUGCGUCGCGGGGUAUACUACCCCCACCUGUAUAUCGUUAAGGAAGAUGGAGAACCGCCCUUGAGGUUGUGGGCCCUCAGUUGCCUCAUCCAAGAUCGGGCGGACGUCUUACCGAGUUACCAACAAUUCAUUUCUCAGCUCAAGGACAAGGUAAGUGUCAACUCAAUGCCGUCUUUUGCAAUAUUUAACUGGAUGUUUAUGUAGGUUAACGGCUCGGGAUAUUAGAGUGUUUAUGGUAUUACAGUACUCGUUACUUGUCUUUUUAUGAUACUUUGUCUGUUCCUUUCUAGUCGUAAAUUGAAUCAUUCCUUGUUCUCUUUGGCUCCAUUUCUCUUGCACUGUUUGCAGUCAGAUCUUUUCAUCUCAAUGGUCAAGCUACGGGUCGAAGAACAUCGAUGAAUGUUGCAAGCUUC